AUGGCUCCACCAGGAGCUGGGGCUCAUGCCCCCUUCGAAAGUCAGAAGAACAAGGUGCAUAGAGUUCAUACGAAAGGAGGAAAAGCCAAAAAGCUUGCCGAGAAAACGAAAGUCAAGGGAAACAAUCUUAAAGCUUUCACUUUCGCUUCUGCCAAAGCUGCCGAGAAAGCAAUCAGAAGAGCCGCUGAUAUAAAUGAACGGAAAAAGCAAGUAAUCAUGAUGGAUCGUAAACCAUUAUUACCUCCGCCAUUCAUAGUAGCCAUUGUAGGACCUAGUAAAGUUGGAAAGUCCACUCUGCUGAAAGGAUUAGCAAAAACUUAUUUGAAAUGUGGUAUUGGAGAGUUGAAAGGACCAGUAACCAUCGUAACUGGAAAAGAGAGGAGAGUACAGUUUAUCGAAGUUGCCAACGACAUUAACCAAAUGAUUGACAUCGCGAAGGUUGCCGAUUUGGUUUUACUCAUGGUAGAUGCUUCAUACGGAUUUGAAAUGGAAACAUUCGAAUUUCUCAAUAUCUGCCAAGUCCAUGGUAUGCCCAGAAUUAUGGGAGUUCUCAAUCAUUUGGACUGCUUGAAAGGAAUUUCCCAAGUUAACAAAACCAAAAAAGUUCUUAAACAUAGGUUCUGGACUGAGUUGUAUCAGGGUGCAAAACUUUUCUAUUUGACGGGUUUAGAGCAUAAGCAAUAUAAAAGGAAAGAAAUCCUGAACUUGAUCAGAUUUAUUUCCGUAUUGAAGUUCAGACCUAUGGUUUGGAAAGAUGCUCAUCCUUAUAUAUUAUGUGAUCGUUAUGAGGAUGUUACUGAUCCAAUAAAACUUCAAGAAGAUCCUACAAUAGACAGGAACUUGUGUUUAUAUGGAUGGGUUCACGGUGCGAACUUGGUUAACAACUCUGCUGUACAUGUUCCUGGAGUUGGUGAUUGGAGAAUUAAAGAAAUUACUAGUCUCAGUGAUCCUUGCCCUCUUCCCGAAAAAAACAAAAGGAGAGCUUUGAAUGAGCAAGAACGUGUGGUCUAUGCUCCCUUCUCCGGACUCGGUGGAAUCGUCUAUGAUAAAGAUGCCAUUUAUGUCGAAAAUUCCAAUAAGAAAGUCUUUGAGAGAAACGAACUCGUCCAAAACUUGGAUAAUGUUCAAGCAACUCUUGAUGAGAAAAUUGAAAAAUCAGCUCUACGGUUACUAGAUUCAUCCAAGCCCAUCAACGCGCAAUCUAUCAAACUACCUUCUCAGCAAACCUUCAUGGACGUCGAUGAAAGAGAAGAUGAAGAUGAUGAAGAAGAAGAAGAAGAGGAGGAGGAUGAUGUGGAUGAUGAAGAAAACUAUUCGGAAGAUGAAGGAGAUGAUUUCGGCGGCUUCAACACUUCCGGUAAAAUCAGUCAAGCUUCCAGUGAUGAAGAAAAUUUCCAGUUUGAUGAAGACGAGAGUGAAAACGAUGAAGAGUACGAAGAUCAGGUCCCAAAAAUUACUGCUUUCAAAGACGAUUGGGGAAGCUUGGCCAAAAAAGCUAUUGCGCAGUUCAAUCCAACUGUUGAUAAAAGAAUAAAUUGGACUAAUAUCAUUUAUGAUGAAGAAGAGCAAGCUGCAGAAGAAAAGGGAGAUAAGGAUUUCGACGGCGUUGCUGGCCUUUUCACAGUUAGAAAAGAAGCGACGAAAACUAUAAACGAUCGCGAAGACGGCUACAGUUAUUGGCAGGUUGCUACUACCUCUAUCGAAUCUUUGAAUUGGACCGAGGAAGGAGUCAGAGAUAGCAUUAAAGAUUGUUUCGUUACUGGAACAUGGACCGAAGAUGACGAGGAAGAAAAAGAAUUAAUGGACGAGUUGGAUGAUGAUGAUGAUGAUGAUGAUAUGGAAGAUGGUGAAGAUGAGAAAAUGGACGCUGAUAAUUCUGAAGAUGGUCCUCAGAAAUCAGCGGUCGAAAAGGCUGAGGCUGCUGCUAGAGAGCGGCGAGCUGUUGAGAAAGUGAAACUGAAGCAAAAGUUCAAUGAUGAAUAUGACGAGACAUCCAAGUACUAUGAUACUAUGAAAAACGAAAUGAUUGAACAAGCUCAUUUGAAUAAGAGCAUCUUCGAAGGAAUGAGUGAGGAAGACCGAGAAAAAAUAGAAGGAUUCCGAGCCGGCAGGUAUGUGCGUGUUGAGUUCGAGGGAAUCCCAUGCGAGUUCGUCAACAAUUUCAAUCCAUGUUCGCCAUACAUCAUAGGUGGUCUUCUUGCAGGAGAGCAAAAUAUGGGAGUUGUACAGGUCCGUAUCAAACGUCAUAGAUGGCAUGAUCGUAUUCUGAAAUCGAGAGAUCCUCUUAUUAUCAGUUGUGGAUGGAGACGGUUCCAAACCAUGUCCAUAUAUUCGAUGCAGGAUCACAACAUGAGACAGAGGUUCUUAAAGUACACACCUGAGCACAUGCAUUGUUACGCUCAAUUUUUCGGGCCUCUAACAGCUCAAAAUACGGGUUUCUUAGCUGUGCAGUCUGUUUCUGAUAAAACACCUGGUUACAGAAUUGUAGGAACUGGUGUCGUUUUGAACUUGGAUAAAUCUACAAGUGUAGUCAAAAAACUCAAACUUGUUGGAACACCUGAGAAAGUCAUGAAGAAAACGGCAUUCAUCAAGGGAAUGUUCAACAGCCCGCUAGAAGUAGCCAAGUUUGAGGGUGCUACUAUAAGAACAGUUUCGGGUAUCCGUGGUCAUAUAAAGAAAGCGAUGAAAAAUGGAAACAAAGGAACAUUCAGAGCUACGUUUGAAGAUCGAAUUCUGAUGAAAGAUAUUGUUUUCUUACGUUCAUGGGUCACUGUACCGAUUCCUAGAUUCUACACUCCUAUCAUAGACCAUCUUCUCGAAGCCGGUGAGCCAUGGGUGGGCAUGCGCACCGUCGGAAAGAUGAGGGCAGAGUUAGGAAUUAAACCACCACAGAAGAAAGACUCAGAAUACAAGCAAAUUGAUCGACCUGAUUUCGUACCAGCUCCACUGUUCGUUCCACCCAGACUACAAAAGAGUCUACCAUUCAAACUCAAACCAGCACAUGAAGAUGAAUCCUCUAAAGAGAAAGUUAACAAACUCAUUAAAAAGCACACUGCUGUUGUACUUGAGCCGGCGGAGGCGCAGAGACAACGUUUACUCAAUAUGCUCUCUGUUAUAAACAAAGACGUAGAGGAUAGAUUAGAGAAAGGUAAAGCUAAAUCAAGAGCCAAAAUAGAGAAGAAAAUCAAGGACUACGAAGAGAAGCGUGAGGCGAACAUAAAGUCCAGAAAGAAGGAAAUCAGUCGUGUUCUCAGUAAGCGAGAGCAAUACAAACUGAAGAGAGCCAUGGGCAGAUCAGCAACUUCGUCCUAA